AUGGGGAUGCAACAGUCGACGAUGACUGCGUCCGGCGACGGCGCCAAGAGGGCCCUCCGCCGGCUGCCGCACGUGUACAGCAAGGUGCUCGAGCUGCCGCUCCCGGCGGACGCCGACGUCAGGGCGUUCGAGGGCACCACCGCGCUCCACUUCUUCGCGGCCUGCGGCCCCAUGGGCGAGGUGAGGGCGCGCCUCGUCAGGAUUUACCCCGGGGUCGUCAAGGUGGUGGUGGUGCACGUUGGGACCGGAGACGACGAGUAUGGCGACGACAUGGAGCUUGAUAGGUGGAGGUACCGGCUGCCUGAAGACUGUUGCCCGGAGCUGGCUAUGGCCGGUCACAAUCUCAGGUCACAAACCCAAAACGUCAUCACCAACAGCAAGAAGGGCGCCAUGCCCAACAUCACAUACAUUGUCAAGAUGAAGAGCCUUGGGGAUGAGUUAGUUGAUGUUGACCGUUCGGUGUUUGAUCCAAAGAUGGUCGACUACAUCCUCACAGGGCUUGAUUGUGAGUACGUCCCAUAG